AUGGUGAUAAUUUUAGCAGCCUUACUAUGUGCACUAAUAUGUGCCCUGAGCCUAAACUCAAUAGCACGCUGUGCUUUAAGGUGUGGUCGUAGACUCGCAUUUGAGACACCGGAACAGGCUGCGUCGCGUUUAGCCUCAACGGGCCUGAAAAGGGACACAUUGAGUGAGAUUCCGGUGGUUGUUUACAAGACAUCCGGACUGGACUCUCUGGCAACAGAUUGCCCGAUAUGCCUCGGCGAAUUUUCGGAAGGAGAGACGCUACUACCUGAACAUCCCGGAAGUUCUAAUUCUAAUGCAGGGGUGGUGGGUGUUUAG